CCAAGCUGCAGCGCUCCCACAGAUCCCAUAAUUGGCGGCGCCAGUCCGAGGUACAUGCGGGCCACCGUAGCUGGCACUGUCGGUAAACAGAGUCCUGUGAAGUCCACUUCCGGUGGUGCUGAAGCUCUACGAUCCUCUGACCCCGAGCCUCCAGCUCCCUGUAACUGGCAACCUGCAUCUCAAACCUCAUCGAGUUUUGUGUGGACGGAGGAUCCCUAUCUAUCGCAGCCAUGAACUUCCUCCGGAGGCGGCUGUCUGACAGCAGCUUUGUGGCCAACCUGCCCAAUGGCUACAUGCCGGACCUGCAGCGCCCAGAGAGCUCCAGUAGCUCCCCAGCAUCCCCGGCCACAGAGAGGAGGCACCCCCAGCCCCUGGCUGCCUCCUUCUCAUCUCCAGGAUCCAGCCUGUUCAGCUCCUUCUCCAGUGCCAUGAAACAGACCCCACAGGCCCCCUCGGGGCUGAUGGAACCACCCACUCCUGUCACACCCGUGGUUCAGAGACCCAGGAUCUUGUUGGUUAUCGAUGACGCCCAUACAGACUGGUCAAAGUAUUUUCAUGGGAAGAAAGUGAAUGGCGACAUUGAGAUCCGAGUGGAACAGGCUGAGUUCUCUGAGCUGAACCUGGCUGCUUAUGUUACCGGAGGCUGCAUGGUGGACAUGCAAGUUAUGAGAAAUGGCACCAAAAUUGUGCGGUCCUUCAAACCUGACUUCAUCCUGGUCCGACAGCAUGCCUACAGCAUGGCCCUGGCUGAGGACUACCGGAGCCUGGUCAUUGGCCUCCAGUAUGGAGGGCUUCCUGCUGUCAACUCUCUCUACUCCGUAUAUAACUUCUGCAGCAAGCCUUGGGUGUUCUCUCAGCUCAUUAAGAUCUUCCAUUCCUUGGGUCCUGAGAAGUUUCCACUAGUGGAGCAAACAUUUUUCCCCAACCACAAGCCAAUGCUCACAGCCCCGAACUUCCCUGUGGUGAUCAAGCUGGGACAUGCCCAUGCUGGCAUGGGAAAGAUCAAAGUAGAAAACCAGCAUGACUACCAGGACAUCACCAGCGUGGUGGCCAUGGCCAAAACCUAUGCCACCACGGAGGCCUUUAUUGACUCCAAGUAUGACAUCCGCAUACAGAAGAUUGGAUCCAACUACAAGGCAUACAUGAGAACCUCCAUCUCUGGAAACUGGAAGGCCAAUACAGGCUCUGCUAUGCUGGAGCAGGUGGCCAUGACGGAAAGGUACAGGCUGUGGGUGGACAGCUGCUCAGAAAUGUUCGGCGGCCUAGACAUCUGCGCUGUCAAGGCUGUCCACAGCAAGGACGGCAGAGAUUAUAUCAUCGAGGUCAUGGACAGUUCGAUGCCCCUGAUUGGAGAACAUGUGGAAGAGGACAAGCAGUUAAUGGCUGACCUUGUUGUCUCCAAGAUGAGCCAACUCCUGGUGCCAGGGGCCACGGUGCCCUCACCCCUGAGAGCUUGGGGUCCACAGACUAAACCUGCAAAAUCUCCAGGGCAAGGCCAGCUAGGACCUCUGCUAGGACAGCCCCAGCCAAGGCCACCUCCACAAGGGGGCCCUCGUCAGGCUCAGUCUCCUCAGCCUCCCAGAUCUAGGAGUCCAUCGCAACAGCGACUCUCCCCACAAGGCCAGCAGCCUGUGAGUCCCCAGUCAGGAUCUCCACAGCAGCAAAGGUCACCAGGCUCUCCACAGCUCUCCCGGGCAUCUGGUGGCAGUUCUCCCAACCAGGCCUCCAAGCCAAGUGCCAGCCUCAGUUCACACAACCGGCCUCCUGUGCAGGGGCGCAGCACCUCCCAGCAGGGUGAAGAGCCCCCAAAGUCGGCAUCACCUCACCCCCACCUCAACAAAUCUCAGUCCCUGACUAACAGCCUCAGCACAUCAGAUACCUCCCAUCGAGGGACCCCAAGUGAAGAUGAGGCCAAGGCUGAGACAAUCCGCAACCUGAGGAAGUCCUUCGCCAGCCUCUUCUCUGACUAGCCCUUAUCCAGGCGGGAAGAUGGGCGGGCGGGCAGGCAAGAAGACUUGAUCACUGGAGCCUUUCUCUGGUUCCUUCCUUCUCAGCCUUGGUUCCUGACAGAAAUAUGCUUCCUAAAGAUGCAGGAACUGGCGAUCUACACCCAUUCCCCCCUCCUUGACCAUGACAUUCCAAUGCUGUCUGACUAAACGGUAGCCUUGAGAGCACCUAGGUUCCUCAACACGGGCCCUCUAGACAGACAAGGCAUCACUACAUCCACCAUAUGCCUGCUCCCCUGCCGCCAGUACCAAGUGAGAUGUCUAUGUGUCUUGUUUUUGCAGUCUUAUUAGUAUUUUGCUUGCCUUUGGGCAGAGGCCCCCUUCUAGGCCUUGACUCACCUCCAUCAAAUGCAUACAUUGUAGUCGGACCUCAGCAACACAAGAGGCAAUACUUUUUAAGCGGUGUUUCUGCAAACAGAAAUAGGGAAGCCCAGCGUGGGAGCCCACUACUCACCUAAAGCUAACUAAUGCCAUUGUUGCUGGGAGUAGGCUGACAAAGGCCCCCAUCACAGCUGGCCCUCAUGGUGACCUUGAUGUCAGCAGAAAGAAGCUAGACUCUAUGCAACAAGUGGGACCUUUCAGAACAGGACAGAGGAAAACCCACAGAGCCAACAGCAGGAAUCCAGAAGAGAGAGCUUCUGUUCCCUGGGGAGAGGGACACUGGAGGAUUGUGCCUGUCUGACCUCACACAGAAUCUGUUCUUUUUCAUCCUUAAGGCUAGAUGAGAACCCAGAGAAAAUAGAUGGCUCCCUGACACAGGAUCAGAAGACCCAGUGAUGGUUCAGCAUCUUACCUGCUCUGAAAAAGGAGUAGGUCACUCAAUUUAUAGUGGGAGAUCCUUCAAAAACAGGGUAUGGUUUUCUUUAGGAGCUACUGAAGCCUUUUGGAAUUUCUUCCAGAAAAAGUUCCACUCCAACCUUGUUUCAACGUAGCCACAGUGACUACGAUGGUUUGCUGCCGAGCUGGGCAACAUGGUUCUGAUUCCCUUUCCAGUGGUCUUUCCCCUGCACCGGAUGGCCUCCCAGGACCACAUCACCAAGCACCUGGUGCUAGAAACAUUGUAGGUGCCAGAAGCAGCCUCCUGGUUCCCAGACUGACCCAGGACAUCAGAACAGAGCCAUGUUUUUCUCUAUAUACAGCCCCUGUGGCCACCUAAGGUGUGCCCUCCCUGCACUGUCUAGGGGAGGGAAGAGCUAUGAACUGAAGAAGCUCCUGGUUAUGCUUGAGUUCUGCAUAUUGUCUGGUGAUCAUCUGAGGCCUCCUUGGGUCUCCAGGAGCAUAGAGGCAGUCACUACGGUUUCUGGGGAGUUUGUUUUUUGAAACAAUCUCACUCGGCAACUCAGGCUGGCACAGAAUGUAUUAUGUAGCCCACACAACUCUCAAACUCAGCGAUUCUCCUGCUUUAUCAGCAUCCCAAGUGCUGAGAUUACAUUUACGAACCUCCACACCCAGCAAGCAAUCCAUCACUUUUUGGUCUUCCCAGCCCAGACAUGAGUGGCAGAAGCAAAGCGUAGAGACCCUCUCCUGCCUUGGUCCACUUAGACCCCUGCAUUUCUGCAGAAUGCACCUUCCAGCUGAUUUCCAGCAGGGAUCAGCUUAGUAUCAAAAGUGGUAGCUUUGCCACUGGCUGCUAGAGAUCCAGUUAGCCCUCAAG